AUUCACCCCAGCUGUACCAUGGGCCGCACCCGGGAAGCUGGAUGUGUGGCUGCGGGCAUGGUCAUUGGGGCUGGUGCCUGCUACUGUGUAUACAGACUGACUUGGGGAAAAGACGAGAAUGAGAAACUGUGGGAUGAUGAAGAGGAGGAAGAGGAGGAGGAAGAGGUGGAAGAGUCUUGUAGUGACAAACUAGAAACGGGGGGCAAAACUGAGAAAGGAGUUAAAACUAAUGUUGGGGUGGAGGCAGGAGACAAACCUCAGGAUGACUCAAAGGCCAAGGUUGAUGUAGAUGUGGGACCUGAGAAUGGUCCAGGUGUAAAGAAGGAAGCACACCCAGAAUCCCAGGGUGGAGGGGGCCUAGAAGAUAAGGCUAAGGCCCUUUUCAAGAUCCUGAAGGAACAAGCAAGUGCGAAGGCAGGCAGAGGGAUCAGGGUUGGUAAUAUCUCUGGGAGAAGGACCCUGACAUUGAGUUUGCCCUGCCCAGGAGGCAGGGGUGGAGGUUGCCACCCUGGCAGGAGUGGCUCUAGGGCUAAAAACAGGGCAAGUGGAAAACCAAAGAAAAAGAAUCGAACUAAGAGCACCAAGACUCCAGCCACAGUGUGGCCUGUACGCAGGACCAAGUUCAGCUUUCCCUAUAAAAUUGAUGAUAUUCUGAGUGCUCCUGACCUUCAAAAGGUCCUUAACAUCUUGGAGAGAACAAAUGACCCUUUUACUCAGGAGGUGGCCUUGGUCACACUGGGUAACAAUGCAGCAUAUUCAUUUAAUCAAAAUGCCAUACGUGAAUUGGGUGGGGUCCCAAUUAUUGCAAAACUGAUAAAAACAAGAGACCCCAUUAUUAGGGAAAAGACUUACAAUGCCCUUAAUAACUUGAGUGUUAAUUCCGAAAAUCAGGGCAAGAUUAAGACUUACAUCAGUCAAGUGUGUGACGACACCAUGAUCUGUCGCCUGGACUCAGCCGUGCAGAUGGCUGGACUGAGACUGCUAACCAACAUGACUGUGACCAAUCAUUACCAACAUUUGCUGUCCUAUUCUUUUCCAGACUUUUUUGCCUUGUUAUUCCUGGGAAAUCACUUCACCAAGAUACAGACUAUGAAACUAAUUAUAAACUUUACUGAAAAUCCAGCCAUGACAAGAGAGCUGGUCAGUUGUAAAGUACCAUCAGAAUUGAUUUCCCUCUUUAAUAAGGAAUGGGAUAGAGAGAUUCUUCUUAACAUCCUUACACUUUUUGAGAAUAUAAAUGACAACAUAAAAAGUGAAGGGCUUGCAUCCUCCCGGAAAGAAUUCAGCAGGAGCUCGCUAUUUUUUUUAUUCAAGGAGUCUGGAGUUUGUGUUAAAAAAAUCAGAGCAUUAGCCAGUCAUAAGGAUCUGGUGGUCAAAGUCAAAGUUCUCAAAGUGCUAACCAAACUGUAAUUUGUCAUGUGCCCCAAGCCCUGCUGACAUAACGUUUCUUCA